GGCAGCAUUUUAUUCAUAUCUUCUUUCUCCAUACAGAGAGUGCUAACUCAUAUGCAAUUAAAGAAAAUGGCAUCCAAGACUUUGCUUCUGUUGGGUCUCUUAGCAUUUCUUCUCGUUGUCUCAGAAAUGACCGCGGCAUCUGCAAGGCAGUCUGGCAUGGUGAAGUCAGAAAAUGAGGAAACUGUGCACCCUGAAGGAUACGGAGGUGGGCAUGGAGGCAAUGGACGAGGUUACGACGGAAGAGGAGGACAUUACGGGGGAAGAGGAGGCCACGGAGGUAAAGGGGGAAGAGGUGGCCACGGAGGAGAAGCUGUUCACACUGAGCCUGACGCUGUGAAGCCAGAGAAUGAGAAAACUGUGCAACCUGAUGGAGGCCACGGGGGUCAUGGAGGCCAUGGAGGUCAUGGAGGCCACGGGGGGCAUGGAGGCCGUGGGGGCCACGGGGGAGAAGUUAUUCUGACUCAGUCUGGUCACUAAAUUUCCAUAUAUAAGUCUUGUAUGCACUUACCUGUGUGUAUGACAAUAAAAUAAACUUGGUGCUUUUGUAAUAAAGUGACUCAAGUUUUAAGAAAAUAAACUAUGGGAAUAAAAUGUCAUAAUGUCA